AAAAAGAAAAUCACAAAAGAAGCAAAGAGAGAGAUAAAAUCUUGCUCAAAGGCUUCCAAAAAAAUUCUUAUAGAUGACUUAUUGUGAAGAGGUUUGGGGAAAAAAAAGAAAAAAAUCAAACAAUUGAUGGCAACUGGCAAGUAAAAUUGCAAGCUCCCCUUCUCAGAAACUGUUUUGAAAAUUCAUUUGCCAUUCCAAAAACCUAUAUUGAAAUUCAAUUGAACCCCCAAAUAAAGUAUAGCAAAUAUACUGAAAUUGAAAGACCAUAGAAGGAAAAAUUUUUGUUCUCUUGAUGUUCAAAUCUUCAAAAAUUAAAAAUAAUUCCAUACCUACUAGCUAAUUGCUGUCAAAAAAAAUUAGAAUUUUAAAAGAAGAUAUGAACAGAGGCAAAACAUCAGUCAAAAGAAUUACAAUGACUCAAAACUUGAAAUCAAAAACCAUACCUCUUUUCAAUAAAUUUUAUUUAGCUGAUAAAAAAAAGAAAGAAAAAAAAAGCAUAUCUCUUCUUCUCUCUGAUAAUUAUGGAAAAGAAUCCAGGUGGAUGGAAAUUGCAAGACAUUAUACAGGUCAUAGAAAGUGGAAGGGUGGAAGAAACAACCCAUGUAGAAUGUGAAAGGGGUGAAGAAACCACCCUCCACAGAGAAGUUGGAAUGGUGAAAAAACCCACCAUCCAUCCAAAGCAAUGGCAGGAAAGAAUAGGGAUAUCGGAUUGGCAGAUUGGGUCUGCUGAUUGGUUGGGCUUAGGAGAAAUCGUUGCAGGUGUUCUUGGCUCAAUCAUUGCAAAAGAAGGGGGUCUGUCUGAUCUUGUCAAUGGUGCUGCAAAGAUGAUUUUUAAGCAACUUAAACAAGAUGCUUCUCCUUCAUCAGUUAAGAAGCCUGUCAAUGAUGCUCUGUUGGCUCAGGUUAAUAGCCUAAGGCAGGAGCUGCAAAUAUUGGCAUCAAACAGAUCAGUUACCAUCAUAACUGCAGGCGGAACAGGUACUCAAAGAUUUGGCGUAAUUAUUGUUGUUGGAGUAGUUGGAUAUGGCUACAUUUGGUGGAAGGGGUGGAAACUCCCUGACAUGAUGUUUGCAACAAGACGAGGUUUAUCUGAUGCAUGCAGUGUGAUAGCUAAAGAGCUUGAGAACGUUUAUUCAUCAAUAUCGGUCACCAGGCAGAAGCUGUCUUCAGACAUUGGUCGCUUGGAUAAUCAUUUGGGUGAAAUUGCUGAUAUUACAGCUGCUACCCAGGAUGAGGUUUCUCAGGUUCAGGAUAAAUCAAAUCUGAUAAACAAUGAUGUUCAUUCUGUUCGUACUGCAGUCAAAACUUUGGAAAGCAAGAUUAAUAGACUUGAAUUGAAGCAGGAUAAUUCAAUUAAAGGAAUAGUUAAGGUGUGUAUUGCUGCUCAAAGCUUGGAGCAUCAUGGAUCCACAGACCGGAUUCGGGCUUUGCCAUCCAACACCUCCAAGCUAGCUCUUGAGCCUCCAUCUAUAACAUCAUCAAGGACUGAGUCAUUGCCUGCUGUUGUACCUCCACUAGAUGAUUCUAAUGGAUCUCCUAAGGUUCAGCAAUCUCCAAGACAUGUUGUCUCAGCCUCAGGCCUAAAGGAAGUUGGUGAAUCAUCAACCAGUCCUGAGGCUGCCAAUGGCAUUAGUGUUCCAGAAAAUAUAAGUAACGGGACUUCAGGUUCUGGUCUAUCAGGGGUGUUUUCUGGUGGGAGUGCUCCAUUUCUAUUAAGAACAUACAGUGCAACACAUGCAGUGCCACAAAUGCGCGUGAGUAGGCAUCAAUCUUGAGGUUCUUGCAUUUAAAACUGUUGUAAUUUCUUUAUAUUAUAUUAUAAUUUUAUGCUGGGAGAAGAUAAAAAUAUGUUGUGUACGCAUGAGUCAUCAGGUCACAUUAUAGGCUACUGCCCAAAUCCAAAGUAUAGCAAUUGGACCGGGCACUGAAUUUUGUAGAAUUUUCCUUUUAUUGUGAACCGAGAGUAAUAUUAACCUCGUUUUUUAACUCUGGGUGAGUUUGUUCACCUUUAUGUAUGCUGGGUGCAGGAAAGAGAGGAUGAAUGAGGUAAGAGAAUCCAGUAUGCAAAAUAAUUGCCCCUCUAGGACAAUAUACUUAACUAUUUUUCACAGGCAUUUUAGAGCAUACAAGCAUGUCUUAACGUCACUCAUUUUUAACUUUAUGUAAAUUUUUGUUAUUGUACCUGUUAUCACUUAUGUGAUUAUUUGUAUUAUCUAUCAAAAUUUCAGUACAUUUUAUCCUCAACAAUGGCAAUACAUCAUCUAGGGAUGG